AUGACUAUUAAGUUGGUGGUUCGAGAGUAUACCUUAAAUGUCGUUAGCGCCUAUGCGCCGCAUGCGGGCCGAAAUGAGGAGGUUAAACGGCAUUUCUGGGAGGGUUUAGAUGAAAUUGUGCGCCAUGUUCCUCCUGCUGAGAAGCUACAUGGUCAUAUUGGGUUGAUCUCUGGUGGUUAUGGCGGAGUGCAUAGAGGCUUCAGUUCUGGGGAGAGGAACAGAGGAGGUACCUCGCUGUUGGACUUCGCUAAGGUUUUUAGGUUGGUGAUUGCAAACUCUAGCUUUCCAAAGAGGGAGGAGCAUUUGGUUACUUUUCAAAAUGUGAUGGCGAAGUCUCAGAUUGAUUAUCUCCUCCUUAGGAGGUCAAGGCUGUGUAAGGAUUGCAAGAAACUCCUGAAUGAAGAAGGGGAACGGGAUAUUGCGCUAGGCAAAUUGGAGCAUUCCGAGAGUCACCGUGACUCUAGGUACUGUAGGCGUAUCAAGGUUGAGGAGUUCGUGAGAGCUAUGCAUAAGAUGAGUAGGGGUAGAGCGAUCGGACCAGACGAGAUUUCGGUGGAAUUUUAG